AUGAGAGAAGUGGUUGAAGAAGAAAAGAGACGAGAUGAGGCAGAGAACCGACAGCGAUCAGAAGAAAACCUGAAGCACUUUCAGCAACCAAGCACGUACUUUGGCUAUAUUGCUGGAACUUCCACAAGGGGACUUAUAGCUAUCAUGCUAGGCAGACUAAAACUCACUGUAGACGAAUGUAUCGAGCAGUACGAAAUCAUAGGCGAGACCAUAUUCGCUCAUCCUAGGAGGUUUCAUGUGCAAAACAAAUUGUGGCUCUGCUCUAAAUUCGACUGGCGAAAUGUGGAGGGAGCCUUGACCCAAGUCGUGAACAAAUAUGCACCUAACGGUUUGAAUCAAAAUGACUUGGGCCAAGGCCCAUGGACGAAGUUUCGCGAACAAGUAACGGAUGGGGAGCACCAUUGUAAAACGGUCGCAGUAGCUGUCAAAGAUAAUGGUGAUGCGGUGACCACGUAUUUGUUCCGCUCGUAUGUGCAUCCUGUGAUUUCAGGGCAGUACUACGCCUUAAACCCGGAUAACAUUGGGUGUGAAGCGGAUAUUGUAGACGUCGCUAGAGCCACAUCUGCCGCACCUGGGUAUUUCAAGGUGUUUGAAGUGGGAGACCAUAAGUUUAUGGAUGGGGGUGUACAAGCCGAUAACCCUGCUACAUUUGCAUGGCGUGAAGUCGUCCAGAUGGCAAGAAAUAAUGAUACGAACACCACGGCUGGAAAAGCGAUCGCAUGCUUUCUCAGUAUUGGAACAGGGAAGUCUAAAUACGAGAUAUUUGGACGCAAAGUGCAGUCACGAGCACAUGAGGCUGCAACACCAUAUUUCCGAUUUAAUGUGAAGGAGGGAUUGCAAGAUGUCAAGCUUGACGAACGGACAGAGAAGAACAGAAAAGUAAGGAACGAUAAUACGGAGAAGGAGGAAAAGAUAUCUAUGUCGACGUUGGCGUACUUGCAAUUCGUCACAGAAGCAUACUUAGCUUCUAAGGAAACAAUGGUACCUCGAGCAGCUGAGGUCUCGGUUAUGGAUGAAGUACAGAGGUGUGCUACAAAGCUCGUAGAUUAUCGGCGGGCUCGAGAACGGAUCUCACUCUCAACUACUAAUGGUAAUGCGACAUGA